GGCAGAAGCCUCAGGGGCUGCAUUCUGCGGGCUCCGUGGCACCCAUUCUUACAUCCUCCACCUUGAAAACUGGCAGGCUUUAGAACAAAACUAAAAUAAAAUAAACCAGUAGGCCACUUAAAAGAAAAAAAUUAAGCCCCCCUCUUAGACCUGGAUCAGCCGAUUCGACACUCUCUGCCAGCGGGAAGUGGUUCCCGCCAAGACAAAAGAGGGAUGUACCGUGAAGCGGGAGGACGACACUGGACUGAUUGAAGAAACUGAAGUUGUUGAUUACCUACGAGUCACGGAGAAGGGCACUUAGGUUCUUGGAGAGUCACGCAACACUUUGAUUACUGUGUGACUAGUUUUACUAGUAAACUGAGGUAGCCAACUGCCCAGAGGCUGUAACUGGACUUGUGAAUUGUUUGAACAGCUGUCCACUUGAAAGAGAACAGACAGUAGCUUCACACAACAGUUACACAAAACUUGUUUUAAGACAGUGGUUGAAUCUGUACUUCUCAGUAGUGCGUAAUUUUUAAAGUAGUAUUGAUUCUUGUUUUUAUAAAUCAAGUCCUAGAAAAAGCCAAAAUACCUGAAUGAAAUAGCCACAGUGAAAAACUUUACAACUGCUACCUCCGUGAUAGGUUCUUGUAACUUUAUUAUGGUAUAAAUGGGACAGCAGGUGUUCUCAAGUAUAAUUUUUGUAGUUUGCCAAUAUAGUCAUUACCAUAACUAUAGAUUCUCAUCAAGUUAGUAGGUUUCUGGUUACCUUUCUUUUUUCAGUAAAGGAAUUCCAUUUUAAAAACUUAGAACAAGAAAUGGACUCUCAAUUUAUUGAAUAUUAAUGCCUCUUUAAUGGUAAAGUCAUUUUUGCUAUGUUAGAAGACACAUUUUUGGAAGAAGACAUCUGGGAAUACAAAUCUAAAAGAAAACCAAAACCAAUACAUCCAAAUAAUUGCUCUGAGAAUAUCCCAAAAUCUGUUGAAAAACCAGCAGAUAGAAAAUACCAGUCAAAACAAAAAGGAAAAAAACCAAGAACUAUAGAAGCUAAAGGGAAGGGGAAAGACCAUGAAAUGUGUCUUACAGAAAGCCAGAGUAGUGUAUCUUCUAGUCAGAAUUCGAGUUGUGGAGAUGAUAUUCAGUUGUCCCAGGACAAAGAGACCACUCCAAGAAAGCACUGUAAAACUCACAAAAACAGACAAGUGUCCCCAAAGAUACGUCCAAUUUAUGAUGGACACUGUCCAAACUGCCAGAUGCCUUUUUCCACAUUGUUAGGUCAAACCCCUCGAUGGCACGUUUUUGAAUGUUUGGAUUCUCCACCCAUCUCUGAUACAGAGUGUCCAGAUGGUCUUCUGUGUACCUCAACAAUUCCUUCUCAUUAUAAGAAAUACACUCACCUUCUGCUUGCUCAAAGGAGAGCUAGUAACGAUCCUGUUAGUGGCUUGUCACAUGUGCCAGAUGGGACAUGUUUCAGUGAGACUAAGCCAGCCUUUUCUCCUACCCAUGAGGAAAAAUGGUCUCUGCAUCAGAAACAAACUGAAAACUUAAAAAAUGUUUCCAAUGAUCCCUUCUUGACGAUACAGAAUCUAAAAACAUCUCAGCUUACAACUGAAACCAAUAAAAAGAUUUCCUCUUCUACAAAUAUUCAUACUUCCCAGAAAGCUCUACAACCUAAAGAAUUUGUUAAGAAUGACAAACUGGUUGGAGUUGGUUUGCCUCUUAUUGGGAAAGAAUCAGUUGGCCAAAGCACCUCACAACACACAGAUCUACCAUUAUCAGAAAAUGGCUUCAGCAGCUGUGAAAUCUCCUAUUCUCCACUUCAAAGUGAUGAGGAAACUUAUGAUAUAAAUGAAAAGCUGGAUGAUUCACAACAGAAACUAUUUUUUACUGAAAGUUCUAAAGAUGGUAGCCUAGAAGAUGACGAAAGCUCUACUGUGUUUAAAAACCUCCGUGGUCAUUUACUGAAGAAUCCAGAGGAAAGCUACCCUAAAGUGAAUAGCUUCUUAACUCAGGAUAAGUACAGUGAAGGACUGUGUAAGUGCAAUGCUCUAAAUGAUUCAUUUCAUUUUCUCUCCCAAGCUGAAAGUGAUAUCUCUUAUGAUGCAGCAUUCACUGAUUAUUUUCUAUUGUUUCCACCUGCAUUAGCAGGGGAACGGCCUGCUUCUAAUUGUCAGACCACUAAAGCAAAACCUGAUGAGCCAGAAUUUCAGUCAUCUCAGUCAAAUAAACAGAAACAGGCAAUUGAAGAAUCAGCUGUUUAUAGUCAAGCUUCUCUCCCAUUACUCAAUUGUGAGUUGUCAAAAUCUUUAGAAAGUCAAGGAGAACAGUGUCUUUCUUUGCAUCCAAGCCAAAGUAAAAUUAGAGAAUUAUCAAAUGAGAACUUCUGUGCUAAGAACAAUGCCAACUCAGCAUGUGUCUGCAGAAAGAUGUUAGAUGGUGUGCCAGAUGGUAAAGUUACACUUUUAAGUACAGGAAAAUCUAGUGCAUCUACUGCUGCUAAGUCUUCUAGUCCUAAAGGUAAUGCAAGACAUCUUAGCAAGGUAAUGAAGCAAAUGGAUAUAGGUGUAUAUUUUGGAUUACCACCCAAGAGAAAAGAAGAGAAGUUGCCGGAGGAAAGUGCAUUAGAAGUGAUGAGCCUAAGUCCUAAUGAAAAGAGGCCCCAGCAGUGCAAGAGGAAAGCAGAAAAAUCUUUAAGUGAUUUAGAAUUUGAUGCAAAGAAUUUAGAUGAGAGUCAGUCCUCCGUGGAACUGUCUGACGACAGGUCACAGCAUCAAAGAAAGAGACUAAAAACGUCAAAAUCACAGGAAGGGACACGUCAGAAGUCAGGACACUAUAUUAAUACACAAGCAGAAUCUGGGACAGUCAAGUUAAGUAAAGAUAAAGUCUUCAUAAAAUCAGCUCCUGGCAGGCUGCAAAGAGGGAACACGAAGGUUUCACAGUCAUCUAAUGCAGGGGAAUUAAGACAAAGGACCUGUCCAUUCUAUAAGAAAAUACCUGGAACUGGCUUUACUGUCGAUGCCUUUCAGUAUGGCGAAGUUGAAGGCUGUACGGCAUAUUUUCUCACACAUUUUCAUUCUGAUCACUAUGCUGGGUUGUCCAAAAACUCUACCUUUCCAGUUUAUUGUAGUGAGAUAACUGGCAAUCUGUUGAAGAGCAAGCUUCAUGUGCAAGAACAAUAUAUCCAUCCGUUGCCAAUGGACACUAAAUGUAUAGUGAAUGGUGUCAAAGUCAUUUUGCUUGAUGCCAAUCACUGUCCAGGUGCUGCUAUGGUCCUUUUUUACCUUCCUAAUGGGACUGUUGUAUUACACACUGGAGACUUCAGAGCAGAUCCCAGCAUGGAGCGUUCUCUUCUUGCAGGCCAGAAAGUCCACACGCUGUACUUAGACACCACAUAUUGCAGCCCAGAAUACACCUUUCCAUCCCAGCAAGAGGUCAUCCAGUUUGCCAUCAACACUGCCUUUGAGGCUGUAACCCUAAACCCACGCGCUCUUAUUAUCUGUGGCACUUACUGUAUCGGAAAAGAGAAAGUCUUCCUAGCCAUUGCUGAUGUUUUAGGUUCAAAAGUGGGCAUGUCCAAGGAAAAAUAUGAAACAUUACGCUGCCUCAAUAUAUCAGAAAUUAAUUCCCUCAUCACUACAGACAUGUGCAAUUCUUUGGUUCACCUUCUCCCAAUGAUGCAAAUUAAUUUUAAGAGUUUACAAAGUCAUUUGAAGAAGUAUGGUGAGAAAUAUGACCAGAUUUUGGCUUUUCGACCUACAGGAUGGACCCAUUCUAAUAAGUUAACUUGCAUAGCAGAUGUUACUCCUCAGACCAAAGGAAAUAUUUCAAUAUAUGGCAUUCCUUAUAGUGAACACAGCAGCUACCUAGAAAUGAAACGUUUUGUCCAAUGGCUGAAGCCUCAGAAAAUCAUUCCUACUGUAAAUAUUGGCACCUGGAAAUCUCGGAGCACAAUGGAGAAAUAUUUUAAAGAAUGGAAACUUGAAGCUGGAUAUUGAUGAUACCAUAGAGGACUCAUGUGUAAUUAAGUAUCUUGGGUGUAGCUUGUUAGUUGUUAAAUCUAUAGUAAUAAUGAAAUAGGUCUUAAUAUAAAGCCCCACAUGAAGAUCGCUCAUAUAGUUUUUUUUCAUUUAUGUUUGAAUAACAUAUUCAUGGUGCCGAAUGCCUCUCAGCAUCAUCAGAGAUACCUGCCGACAGAUCUCCCUAGCAUCCUUAAUUUUUUUUUUGGUACUGGGGAUCGAACUCAGGUCCUUGCGCUUGCGCAGCAGGCAGUGGAACCACUGAGCUAAAUCCCCGGCCUUAAUUAGUUUUGCUUUCCCCUAUGGAGACAGUUACAUUCUGUACCCAGCCUAAGGGAAAGAAACAAAAGCAGGUUCAGGGACCAAAAGGAUUCAUGGCAAUGGAUAACUAGAUUAAAAGCAUUAUAUAUAAGUAAUUAUGUAUCUUUAAAAUUAUGAGAUAAAACAUAUAUAUUAUUUUUAAAUAAAAAUUAUUUUAAAAUUUGCUAUAAUGUCUUGAUGGAUUUUGUUUUAAUGGACUUCAGUUUUUUAGAACACUUUUAGGUUCAUAGCAAAGUUCAGCAGAAAGUAGAGUCCUAUAUGCCCAUGCCCUACAUUUUUACCCUCCCCUUUUAUCAUCAUUCCCCACCACAGCACUAUGUUUGUUACAGUUAAUGAACCGUAUUGACUCAUCAUAACCACCCAUAGUGCAUAGGUCCCUGUUGGUGGUGUGCAUUCUGUGAGUUUUGACAAAUGUAUAAUGACACAUAGCAAUCACUGAGGUAUCAUACAAACUUUUGACUGUUCUAAAAAUCCUCCAUGCCCUACUUAUUCAUCCCUUUCUUCUUCAUGACCCCUGGCAAUCACUGAUCUUUUUACUAUCUCCAUAGUUUUGUCUUUUUCAAAAUGUCAGAUAGUUGAAAUCAUACAGUAGGUACCCCACCCCCACCCCUUAAGACAGUGUUGCUAGGUAGUACAGGCUAGUCUUGAACUCCCAGUCCUCCUACCUCUGCCUCCUGGACUAGGAUUAUAGGCAUAUGCCACCAUGCCUGGCUAGUACAUUGGCUUCUUUUACUUAGUAACGUGAAUUUAAAUUCUUCCGUGUCUUUUCCUGGCUUGAUAGCUCAUCUGCUUUAGUGAUGAACACUAUUCCAUUGUCUUGAUGUACCAGAAUUUGUUUAUCUACUCACCUACAAGGGAUAUCUUAGUUACCUCCAAGUGUUCACAGUUAUGAAUAAAGCUGUAACACAUCCAUAUGCAGCUUUUGUGUGAAACUAAUUCUUGAACUCCUUUGAGUACUGCUGGCUCAUAUAGUAAGAGUAUGUUUAUUUUGUAAGAAACUGCCAAACUGUCUUCCAGAGUGGCUUUACCAUUUUGUAUUGCUACUGACAAUGAAUGAGAGUUCCAAAUGCUCCAUAUCCUCAUUAGCAUUUGGUGGUGUCAUACUGGAUUUUUGUCAUUGUAAUAGGUAUGAAGUGGUUUUGCGUUUUUGGUACCGGGGAUCGAACUCAGGUCCUUGCACUUGCAGGGCAGGUGGCAGAACCACUGAGCUAAAUCCCCAGCCCACAUUUUGCAUUUUAAUUUACAUUUCCCUAGUGACUAGUGUGGGACAUUUUUUCAUGUGCUUAUUUGCUACCUAUCUUUGUUCAAGUAUCUGUCCAGAUCUUUUGCCUUUUUUUAAAUUAGGCUUUUUUCUUAUUUUGAAUUUUAAGAGUUAUUUGUACAUUUUGGAUUACAUCCUUUGUUAUAUCUUUUGCAAAUAUUUUCUUCUAAUCAGGGCCUUGUCUCUCUUUUUGGGGGGGGUUACGGGAGAUCAAAUUUGGCACCUUGCACUUGGGAGGUAGGCAACGGAACCACUAAACUAAAUCCCCAGCCCUCCUCAUUCUCUUAACAGUGUCUUUUACCAAGCAGAAAUUUUUAAGUGUUUUUAAUUUUAAUGAAGUCUAACUUGCUAAGUAUUUCUUUCAUGGAUUGUGGUUUGGAUGUUGUAUUUAAAAACGCAUUGCUAAUUCCAUGAUCAUCUAGAUUUUCUCCUAUGAUAUCUUCUAGAAGUUUUAUAGUUUUAUGUUUUACAUUUAGCUCCAUGACUCAUUUUGAAUUAAUAUUUGUAAUGAAUAUGUCUAAUUUUUUGUAUGUGAAUGUCCAGUUGUUCCAACACUAUUUAUUUAAAAAAUAUUCUCCUUUCCAUUUUAUUGUCUGCCUAUUUGUGUAUUCUUUCAUCAAUGCUACAUUUUUGUGAUAACUUUAAUGUCAAUCUUUCAACUUUGUUUUCUUUCAAUAUUAUUUUAAUUUUUCUUGCUCUUUUGCUUGUCCAUAUAAAUUUUAGUUUGUUCACGUCCUCAAAAAUAACUUGCUAAAAUUUUGAUUGGGAUCGUUUUCAACCCUUACAUCGGGUUGGGAAAAACUGACAUCUUGACAGUAUUGAGUCUUCCUGUCUGUGAAUGUGACAUGUUUCUAUUUUUUUUAUUUAGUUCAUCAGAGUUUUAUGGUUUUGCUCAUAUAAAAGUUAUCUAUUUUCUUAGAAUUAUUCCUAAAUAUUUUAUUUUUUGGUGUUAGUAUGAUACUGUGUUCUGAAUUUCAAACUAUUUGUUCAUUGCUGUUGUGUAGGAAAACAAUGGACUUUUGUGUAUUAACUUUGUAUCCUGCAACUUUGUUAUGAUUGCUCAAUUUUCUACGCAGAUGAUCAUGUCAUCAGUGAACAGAGACAGUUUUAUUUCUCCAUUCCCAAUUUGUAUGCCUUUUAUUUCCUUUUCUUGUUUCAUUGCAAUAGGUAGGACUUCCAUUGCAGUGUUGAAAAGGAGUGGUAAGAGGACAUCUUGUCUUAUUCCUGGUAUUACUAGGAAGUCUUCCAAUCUCUCACUGUUGAAUAUGAUGCUAGCAAUUGGGUCUGUAUAGAUAUUUUUUAAUCAACUUGAAGUUCCCCUCUUUAUAGUUUACUGAGAAUUUUGAUCAUCACUGAGUAUUGGAUUGUGUCACUUGCUUGUUCUGAGCCUAUUGAUAUGAUAAUGUGAUUGUCCUUUUUCAGACUUCCAUGUGAUGAAUUUCAUUAAUUUUCAAACUAGCUUUCCAGACCUAAGUUAAAUCCCAAUUGGUUUUAAUGUAUAAUUCUUUAUACAUUGUAGGAUUCAAUUUACUGAUAUUUUGUUGAGGAUUUUUGCAUCUAUGUUCAUGAGAAAUAUUGCUCUGUAGUUCUUUUAUGUCUUUGCGUGGCUUGGUAAUAGGGUAAUGCUAGUCUGAAAUAAUUAAAGAGUAUUCCUCCUGCUUCUGUUGUCUGAAAGAGGUUGUAGAGAAUUGGUACAAUUUCUUUCUUAAAUGUGUGGUAGAAUCACCAGUGAACCAUCAUACUACCAAGCCUGGUGCUUUCUGUUUUAGAAAGUUAAUUAUUGAUUCAAUUUAUUUAAUAGCUAUAGACCCAGUCACAUUUUCUGUCUCUUAUGAGAGUUUUGACAGAUUAUAUCAUUCAAGGAAUUUGCUCUUUUCAUUUAGGUUAUCAAAUAUCUUUUGGCUGUUAGGAUUUAUAGCUGUGACAUCCAUCAUGAUGAUUCAAAGAGCCUAAUCAUCCAAUAAAACAUGCAGAAAAGUUUACAUGGAUGAUGUUUAUCUGAAUUAUUUGCUCAAGAGACAGAUAACUGUUUGGGACCUUGGAGGUAGAGCAAUGGAGGAAUUCACUUCUCACAGUGGUAUUAACUGUAAUACGGUUGUAUUGACUGCAGAAUGAGCCGAUAGCAAGGAAGCAGCCCAUCAGGAAAAGCUUAAGAUAAUUUUUGAUGUCAGCAAAAAUGUGAGAAUCAUCCACAGAACUCAGAGCUGUUUUUCUCCCAAUAAAACAUAAAAUGUAGCAGUUUUGGUAGCACUGGAAUCAUAAGGAAAGAAAGGUGCUAUGAAUGAUAAAUGAAAAGCUUCUUGCACACUGGGUGCUUAGCACAGACUGGUGCAAUUGGUGCCCUAGACUACUAUUUACUCUGCUGGGCUUUUACUGUACAGAAAGUCAUCUUGAAGUUCCCUCCAAGUUUCAUCCUGAGGAAUCCUGAUAUGGCCAUUCAGAUUGUUUAAAAAUUGGACCAGGUAUUUGGAUUUAAAAAGAAGAUAUUCAUUUUUACAUGAAAGAAAGAAGUCAGGAAUGGAGGGAAAGAAGGAGAAUCUUCUCAUCUCCCAGAUAAUAAUGUUGGUGGAUACCUUAUAAUUCUCAAUAGCAUCCAGGAGCUGUUAUCAAACAGAAGGAGGAAGACAGAAUGGGCACAAGAGAAAUUCUGGUGUCCUCUGCCUGUACAAAUGACUGUCCGGUAUAAAAAGGCAAAGAUGACGAAGUGCAGGCAGUGAUACUGGGUAGAAUUAUGGCAUCUGCCCCGAGUCCAAAACUCUUUUCUUGGUCUUUUAACCAGUGCCUGGAUCUUUGGGUCAGAAUAUUGUUUGGUUACUUCCCAAAGGGUAGUAACCCUCUUUGACCACUGGGCUCCUGUUGUGGUUUGGAUCUGGAAGAUCCCUCAAGACUGUCUUGCACUUAGAGGUGGAGAGUAGAUGGAUCAUGGAGCACUGCAUUCAUUAAUGGAUUCAAUCCACUGAUAUGAUUCCACAGAAGAGGACAAGGGGACGAGUUAAAAUGACAACAAUCUUAUCAAAUGUUCUUAGCAUCACAUAAAA